AUGAAUUAAUCAAAUCUCUUGUACCAACAAAACAACUUUACUCCAAUACAAGAGUUAUAGGCCAUAAAUGAAUUAGACUAUGAUAAAGAGUACUUGAAUACUGGUUUCAGAGGGACAUUCAAUAGUCCAAAUUUAGUAAUUAAGUCAUAAUUAGACACUCUUAGAACAAAUGAGGUUGAUUAAAAUUCUAAUUAGGCCUUACUUCCAGAAUGGACCAAACGAGCUUAACGCACUGGUGUUAGUUUGAUGGCAUUUUUCUUUGUGAAGCAAUUUGUUUAGAAAAUACGCAGUCAUAGACAAAAAUUGCAAAAUAUCAACGAGAGUCAUUUGUAAUUGAUAGAUGAUCAAGGGUCUGAUAAGUAAAUAAAACAAUGCCAUAAUAGUCAGGUUAUGCUUACUUAAAUGAAAUUUGCAAGUCCUGUAUUUUAGAUUAGAAAUGUGUCCCGACUUUUUCGGUAACAAACAUUAGUGAAGCCUGAGAAUCCAGUAUAUUCAUCCAUAAAGGAGAAGUAUUAAAUGGUGAGGAAAUAUGCAUAUGAGAAAUUAUCAAAAAUCCCUUAGUUCCAUCCUGAGAGUCCCAACAAAUUAAUGUGGGAUUACUUCAUAACUUUAAUUAGGUUGAUAUUAUUAGUAUUGAUACCACUUGAGAUUGCUUAUGUUCCAGGCAUUUUGUUUGAAUAAAUUUUGGCACUCACUUCUCUGCUUUCAUCUUUAUUACUUUUUGAUGUCAUAAUUAGAUUAAAUACUAUAUGUUAUGUAAAGGGACAUGCUGUUUUGGAUAGAUUCGAGAUAGUAAGGCAAUAAAUAUUUAGGGUUUUAUUUAUAGAUGUAUUAACAAUAGCACCUCUAUUGUAUUAUUGUAUUAAAGAUGAAGAAUAAAUAUCGAAUUAUUAUCUGAUUAUCUUGCUUACUUCGCUAAUGCAAUUCAAACAUAUUAGUGAAGUCAUCCAAAAGAGUGAAGAAUCCCAAUACUUUAGUAAAUCAUAGAAGGGAAUAAUCAGUCUAUUCAAAUUGAUUUUAACUCUAAUGUACAUUUUGCAUAUGUUCUCAUGUAUAUGGUAUUUCAAUUCAAAUUUGAGUGAGGAGUCUUGGAUCAAAUAGAAAUAAUUAGAUUAGUAAUCAUGGCAAGUUCAAUAUUUGGAGGCAUUCUAUUUCGCAAUUGUAACCAUGUUAACAAUUGGAUAUGGAGAUAAUGUACCUAAAAGUUCAAAUGAGAAAAUAGUGGCAAUCUUCUUCAUAAUGGGAGCAUGUUUAUGGUUCAGUUACAGUGUCAAUACAAUUGGUAUCAUAAUCAAGGAAAUCAAUCAAAAUAUGGUGGAGAGAAUUAAGAAAAUAAGAGUAAUCAACAGAUACAUGCAUAAACGCAAAAUACCCUAUGGACUCCAAUAUAGGUAAUCCUAAUUUAUAGAAUUUAGAAUUCGAGAAUACCUAAAUUUCAGAUGGAAAGAAGAAGCUGAAAUAGAUCUGCAAUAAGAGGAACAAUUAUUGGCUGAGCUAUCAGAAGAGUUGAAGUAGGAAUUAAGGCAAUAAUCAAAUAGUGUAUUUUUUAGUCAUUGCUCCUUUUUAUCCAGUAAUUUUAGCCUAGAAUUUUAGAAUGCUCUAUCUUGUCACAUUGCUCGAACUAUCAUACUACCCUAAAAUACAUUUUCCAUCUUUACUCUUAGUAAUAUUAAACAACCACACCUUUGCUUUGUUGAAUAAGGUCAAUUACAAUACCUCAAUAGACAUCGUUAUUCACUCUAAGGAAUUCAGAGUUAGGGCCAAUUCCUCUAAGUCUAAGAUUUCGUCUCAGAAAAUGAAAACACUCAAGUCUAUUAAGCCAUCGGCUAUGUUAGUCUUCUGAUUCUCAGUAAAGUAUACCCUUUAAUUAAUGAUUAGAGUGAUUUUCUAUCAGUCUUAAACAAUUUCCCAAAAGACUAUUAGCAUUAUUGUCAACUCAAAGACAAUAUCUAAUUGAGUAUACAAAAGAAAUAGUUACCUUAUGGAGUCUAUUGUGCAGCUUGUAAACAAGGUGAUCACAAUCUUAUAGGGUGUCCUUAACUCAAAAUUACAAUUGAUCGAGAAGUUGUUGUUAAGAGACACCUAUAUUCCAAGCCAUAAGAAAGAAACAAAUGGAAAAGAUCCUAAAAAAGAACUAAAGAUCUCUUUCAGACUUUGCCUGAUUUAGACAUUAUAGAAUAAUUUACACUCUAUUUUCAAAACGAAAAGCAGAAAUUAAUUAAGUAGCAAUUACAAUAAUAAUUAAUAUUCGAUUAAGAAGCUGAUGAAAAUCCUUAGAAAUCUGACGAAUGCAUUUCUCCCCGUUAAACUUAAGAACCCCCUUAAUAGAUCCUUUUGAGAAAGUCAGAUUCCAUGUUAGUUACAGACAACUUUUACUCCUCCAAUAACCUUCCACUCUAACCAUUGAGUCCAACUCAAAGCAUGGUCCAUUCUCAAAAUCAAAGGCGGAAAUAAGGCAUCUUGGAUUCGCAAACCUCUUAUGAUUACAAUCUCUAACUUAAAAGAGUGCAAAAUCAAAACGACUUUGAUCUUAAACCACCUACUUUCAAUAAGUAUACAACAGCCAAAUUAUCAAUGUAUAAGAAGAAUUACUUAAGUAAAUACUAAUAACAAUAAUAAUAACCUCAAAAAUCUUAAUUAGAUGUGGAACAAACUUAGUAAUCUGAAUUUAAUGAAAUGAUGUAAUAGUAAAUUGAACAGCUUUAUUUAAAAAUGAGAAAGUCAGCUUCAAAUGAAUAGCUGGAUAAUAUGAAUUCUAUUUUAGAUAUUGAAAUGCUUUAUUUGUAAUUUAAAUCAGAGUAGGGAUUAGAUUAAUUUGAAAUCGUAAAGAAUUACGAUCUUUACAUGGUAAGUCACAAUAUCAAUAAGGUAUUAUAAGAAUUACGAAACAAAUCAAUAAGAAAUUUCAAUUACAUGAAUAAACUUAUUUAUUAUAUGUACUUCCCAUUUGAGUACGUUAUGAAAUACCAGAAACUUCAACAAAGAGAACGAUCACUUAAAACCACUAGGAAUCCACCUCGUAAACCUGGCCUAUCAAUAUCAAAAAUUGUAGAACUUAAAAAUGUAUUCCAAAGAAAGCGUUUUACUCCUCGCAGAAGCAUUAAGAUCAAUUAAAUAUAUCCUGAUUCAGAAGGAUGA